AGCCAGUCAGUCAUAUGGAGUCCCCAGUCAAAGUCUUUCCAAAGUCAAUCCUCCUCUCCAACAUAAGAGAGGGCCAGAAAAGAAAAAAAUCCACUUUCCUAUCAAUUAGAGCUGAUUAACAGUGGCUCGGCCAAGCCAAAAUGGCGGAUGGAACCCUAACUCCUCUCUCGAGCUCUUGGCCCAAGCUAAUGGUUAUCUUCUUCUCCCUCGCUUUUCUGGUCUCCUCCUCUGCUUCGGAGAUCAUCUUUGAAGACCGAUUCGACGAUGGUUGGGAGAGCCGCUGGGUAAAAUCAGACUGGAAAAGGAGUGAAGGAAAGGCUGGAUCCUUCAAGCACACUGCUGGAAACUGGGCUGCAGAUCCUGAUGACAAAGGGAUUCAGACAUACCCAGAUGCAAGGCAUUUUGCAAUAUCUGCAAAAAUUCCAGAGUUCAGUAACAAGAAUAGAACACUUGUGCUGCAGUACUCUAUAAAGUUUGAGCAGGAUAUUGAAUGUGGUGGCGGUUACAUCAAGCUCCUUUCUUCUGGUUAUGUCAACCAGAAGAAAUUCAGCGGUGAUACACCAUACAGUUUAAUGUUCGGACCUGAUAUAUGUGGCACCGAUACAAAGAAGCUUCACCUGAUAUAUUCCUACCAGGGACAGAAUUAUCCCAUCAUGAAGGAUGUGGAGUGUGAGACAGAUAAAUUGACACACUUUUACACUUUUGUCCUUAGACCUGAUGCCUCUUAUAGCAUCCUGGUUGAUAGUCGAGAAAGAGAAUCUGGAAGCCUUUAUUCUGACUGGCACAUUCUUCCUCCUCGUAAGAUUAAAGUUGCAAAUGCUAAGAAGCCUGCAGACUGGGAUGACAGGGAAUACAUCAAUGAUCCUGGUGAUGUUAAACCUGAGGGAUAUGAUUUUAUUCCGGCUGAAAUUCGUGACCCGAAUGCUAAAAAGCCUGAUACGUGGGAUGAAGAUGAAGAUGGAAUAUGGAAGCCACCGAAUAUCCCAAAUUCAGCAUACAAGGGUCCAUGGAAGCCAAAGAGAAUCAAAAACCCCAACUAUAUGGGAAAAUGGAAGACUCCAUGGAUUGACAACCCAGAUUUUGAAGAUGAUCCUGAUCUCUAUGUGCUCAAGCCUGUGAAAUAUGUUGCUAUUGAAGUAUGGCAGGUAAAGGCUGGUUCCGUUUUCGACAAUGUUCUUGUAUGCGAUGACCCGGAAUAUGCGAAGCAAGUUGUGGAAGAGCUUUGGACAAAAAAUAAAGAGGCUGAGAAGGAAGCCUUCGAGGAAGCAGAGAAAAUCAGAAGAGCUAAACACACGCAUUUUCGCUCUCUAAGCAUCAUGUGCCAGAAAGGUCCACAUGCAGAAGACAUUAGCAGUGUAAAAAGAGAAAAAGAUGAGCAGAGUGGGAAGGCCUUGGAAGCUUUCAGGAAAGGUUGGGUAGGUCUUCGGUCACCACAAGCUUUGACCUGCUCCAGUUCUCAUAUUUGA